GGUAUAACCCCCUUUGGAAAAGGAAAAAAGAAAAAUAGGCGGGGCUGAGCAGGGAAGCCCGGGCUCUGCGGAGGAACAGUGCAGCGGAGAAGGGCUGGGCGGUGGCGUCGGAGCCCGGGCUCUGGGACCGUGCGGGCUGAAAGACUCCAAGGUCUCUCCCUAGAGGCACUCACCACCCUCUGGACCCGGCCGCUGGCCGGGUCCCUGCUGCUUUCCUGUCUGCUUCCCUGCCCCCACCUUCCUGAUUCCCGACCCAAAGUUCAACUCCCGAAGAGUGCAGGACCUCCCCCCCCCUUCACUCUCUCCUCUCCCGUUUCCUUGUUUCCCUCCUAAGCUUCAGGCUAGAAAAGGGAAAAAGCCCCACUUUUGCCUCGUCACUAGGAACCCGGUCAUCUGAGUCAGACAAGCCCAGUGACGUUAGGCCAACCCGGGCUCCUGGCUAGCAGAGCGGAGGCGCUGCCACGAAACUCGUACCUGCGGCUAAGAGCAGGAAAAUUCUUUGGAGCUUGCCAUGUGUUUCCUGUGGGGAUCUGACUGAUGAGGAGAGGAACAAAGAUUGAGGAAAGUGAAGUCUGCGAAAUCAGUAACAUUAUUCAGGUCACAUUUGUCAAGAUGUUCAACAUCCCGAAGCACUUCGGACUGAAACAGAAGGAAGAAUCGUACAUGUUCAAAGAGCUUGAGAAGAUUCGCCAGGAGACUAGACAGGAUUUUCUCCGGUUCAAGCAGAAGUUGGCCACCAAGCCGGCAGCAGAUGAAGGCUCAGUCCGCGGCCUUCGCGUCCCCCGGCCCCGCCUCGAGGAGAAGGGGCGCGUUCCCUCGGCUGGGUCCCGAAAGCGGAAAGGGUCCCCUCCGGCUAAAGGCCCUGCGACCUCCGCGGCGGCCCUUCUGCGGGAGGCGCUCCCGGGCGGCGCGCGCCCCGCGGGGCUCGGCACGCCGUCCGCUCCCGCCCAGGCCCAGCCGUUCUGCCCGCAGGACUUCUACUUGCACAGCUCGGCGUUCCUGAGGCACCGGCCCCAGAAGAACCCGCCAGCCAUCUUCUCCGGCGUCGGCACGUCCAGGCCGGUGGUCCUGCUGCCGCCGCCCGCGCCGCCACGGAAGCCCAGAGGGACGCAACGCGUGGCCGGGGGGCGCCGGCGGGGCCGAGAGACCCCUCGGCUCGCAGAGGCCCGCCAGGCCAAAGAGAGGAGCCCUGCAGACUCGAAAGGGGACAGCGACGUGGAGCCCACCAGCUGGAGGCGGAAGCGCGUGAGGAUUCCCAGCAUCUUCGGGCGCCACCGCUCGGCCAACGAAGCGCGGGAAAGGGCCAGCUCCGUGUCCAGGGCGGAGCAGGAGGGCGGCUCGCCCAGCGACGGCCACGAGGGCGCCCGGCCGGCCCAGCUGCCCUCCAGGCUGGUCCCCAAGUCCAUCGAGGAGAUCAUCGCCUCGCUGCAGUCCGAGGCCCAGCAGGCCUCAGACCAGAUCAUCAAAGAGCUCAUACAGAGCGUCCUCGGCCAGAACUACGACAUUAAGAUGGAAGAUUUUUCUCUAACGGGAAAAAUGUAUUGGCAUAAAACAUCUCAGAUGCAAACAGAACAAAGAAUAGAGAUAACUGUUGAGGAACUUCAAGAGAGCAUGGUGGAGGAGGUUCCUGAAGCUACAACAAGUAUUUUUCAGAUUGAACUGGAGGAUGCAUCUGAAUGGGGAGCUUCAGAAGCAGGAAGCCUAAUACUUAAACCUCAAGAAACUUCAGAAAUUCAACCAGAAGAAGAACCAAGUAAACCUUUGGAAAAACAAGAGUCUGGAAGUGAUUCAAAAGUAGCCAAGGAGGCACCUGUAAAGGUGAAGUCAUCAGAAUUCUUACAUGUCAUAGGAAAAGAAAUUAAGCAAAUACAAAGAAGUAAAUUAGAAACUCUACCACAGAGACCAAGAAAGUCUUUAAAACCCCCUUGGGAUCCAAAUCUACAGAAAAAAAUUCCAAAAGACCACCUCACACCUCAUCAUCAUGAUCUGUGCGCCACCAUCCCAGCCCAAGGGCUGCCACUUGACUUGCACCUGGCCUCUCGCGUGUAUCACACUGCCGACAAGAGAGGCCACAACACCCUCCUUGAAGUACUUGGAACAUCUUUCUUAGAUGACUGCAUUAUAGACGAAGAGCAAAGAGACAAAAUACUAUAUGGAAUUCCUGUUAUGACUGACUAUCAAGGAUAUUUCAAUAUUCCUCAAGCUUCACCAGGAAUAUCACCUGAAUCAGCACAAGGAAUUAGACAGCAUGCUCGCAAAUCACACAUGCAACUCUCAGGAGAGGAACUGUCUGCUUAUCCGGGCUUCACAAAGUUGUUCUGGAAUCCAGCUGCACCCAAGUUCGCUGUUCCAGAAUCUGUCAUGAGGGAAACUCUAUAUUCAAAAUAUGAGAGUGUUCAAACAAGCAGAAUUUUAAUUGAGAAAAUUUUAUCUGAAAGCAAAGAAAGUGUCAUUACUUCAGAUUAUAAUGCCAGCAGAAGUUUUAAGUCUUUCAUACUAAGAAAAUCUGCAUCAUUUGAAAAUAUCCAAAAGUGUUUCCUUGCACAAUCUCUACAAUUAAAGAAAGUACAAUCUGCAGUUGAGUUGAGGAAGAAGGAGGCUGAGGAAGCUCCCUUAGAAAUCAAGGAUGACAUGCAAAGCAGUAGAAAAGAGGUGAUGAUCCAGAAGGCGAAGCACUUGGAGCUUCAGCUCACUAAGCAAAACAGAUCUGAAGAACCCUUCUCUGUGAAAGAAAGUAUAGAUGUCAUCUUGGAUGACAUUCAGGACAAAGAAUGUAUCAGAGAUCUUUCACUCUCUCUCAUUGAAGCAUCUAGAAAAGCUGGCAUUACUUACAUUGUUUAUCCUAAGAGAAGGAAGAGGAAAUCAAAGAAAGCACUGAAAUUUAGAAAACUUUCUAUGGUGUGGGAAGAGCUAGCAAAGCCUCCAAAACCUCUUAAAAGAUCAACAUCUCAUGGGAUACUUCCUCAACAGAAGAAAUACUUGCUCAAAGUUCCGUUAUAUGAACGUAUAAUACGGUGUCCCAGCCUACCUUUACAUUUAGAUUUUGAAAGAUUUACCCAAAGUAAAGGAGGAAUUCCAGAAAACAGUGAGCCUCGGACAUGGGUUCUUGAUACAUUCAAUAAGUAUAAACCUGAGAAGGUACCUGCAAGAGAAAAAGUUGUUAAAAUAGCUGUUUCUUAUGCAGACGAGCCUGAAAGAGUGGAAGUACUGCCAAAACUAGAAUUAAGUGAUUCUUUGCAGUCUGAUCUUCCAUUAGACCUUCUUACACAUUAUGAAUCAGAAGUGAAUAUCUUGACUGAAGAAAUAAAUAAUAAGAAAAAAUAUCCUGCUUUUGCAUAUUGUAGACGUGGAGCUAUUUAUAGGAAACUGGGAAAGUUACAGAGUGCCAUGAAUGACCUACAAGAAGCUAUACGCUUGGAGCCACUGUUUCUCAAUGCCUAUUGGCACCGCCAUUUUCUUUAUCUUUUCCAAGACAAAGUUAAUGAAGCUUUGGAUGACUUGAAUUACAUAAAUAAAUAUAAUAAAAAUAAUGCAGAGGUAUAUUUGUCAAAGGCAGAAAUUUUCAGGGAAAAAAAAGACAUCACUUUGGCAAUACUAAACUAUACCCAGGCCAUUAAAUGCAAGCCUACGGACGCUGAUACCUAUUUCAGGAGGGGUCAGAUGUAUGAUAUAGACAACAGAAUUCUUGCCAUUGAUGACUUUUCCAAAUGUAUUUUAUAUGAUCCGAAAAGAACAGAUGCAUUAUUGAAACGUGGAAUAUUUUACUAUGAAAAUGAAAACUGGAGUGCGGCCAUACAGGAUUUUACAGCAUUGUUAAAUAUAAAUCAUCAAGAUUCACAAGCAAGGACAUUACGAGGGAGAGCAUAUUUUAAACGGCACUUUUAUAAACAAGCAACUGAAGACUUUUCUGCUGCAAUUCACUUAGAUCCUAAUAACUGGUUAGCAUUUUAUUAUCGAGCCUGCAUAUUUAGAAAGAGUAACCCUUUUAGAGCACUUCAGGACUAUAGUGUUUCAGCCCUCAUAAAUGAUGGCUACGAAAAUCUUAGUUGUUUCCUACAUCGGGGCAUACUCUACACACAACUAAAAUUGUGGUUGCUGGCAAUCUGUGACUUUGAGACUGUUGUUUCUCUAGAAAGAACUUUUACUUUGGCUUAUGUAAAUAUUGGUCUCAUAUAUCUGCUGCAUCUGGAUAACUACACUGAAGCUGUUCAGUAUUUUUCUGAGGUUAUUAGAAUCAAUCCAUUACAUAUUCAAAGCUAUAUUUGUCGAGCAGAAGCCUAUUACAAGCUGCAUAAAUGGAAAAAGGCAGUGAAUGAGUUAUCUCAGGCUAUCCACCUUCAGCCAGAUGGAAUCCAAUUAUAUAUCAUGAGAGGACAAUAUCUUCUUAUGAUGAAAUGUUAUGAUCUUGCAAAAUUCACUAUUUAUCAAGUAGCAGAAAUGAACAAAGGUCUCAUUGAAUUAACUCCUAUACAGCAAGCACUCAUUUAUUCAUUUUGUGAAAACCAUGACAAGGCCAUUGAAGUCUUGGAUGGGAUCUCAAGCAGUAGACCUGAUAUAACCAUGUAUGCUCUAUUAGCAAAAGCCCAUCUGAAGGCCAAGAGAACAAAGGAAGCUAUGAAAAUGUUUAAGAAGGCAUUGGAAGUCUUUUCUCUUUCGGAUAAAGGACCAAAUGCUGUAGCCACUUCAGCAGACUGUCUGUAUAACUUGGGUCUUUGUUACUUGGAGGAAGGCAACUUACAAAUGGCUUUUGAGUUUUUUACAAAAGCUGUGAAAACAAAUCCUGAUUUUGCAGAAGGCUUUUAUCAACGAGGGCUCUGCAAAAUAAAACUCCAAAAGGAUAACUCAAUCCUGGAUUUUAAUCGUGCAAUUACCAUCAAUCCAAAACAUUAUCAGGCAUAUUUAAGUCGAGUAGCCUUCUACGGUUCAAAAGGCAGAUAUUCCAAAGCUAUUUUGAAUUGUAACGAGGCUAUCAGAAUUUGUCCGGAGAGUGUGCGGGCCUAUCUCUACAGAGGAGUUCUGAAAUACUACAACAAGGCUUAUAAAUUAGCGAUUACAGAUUUAAACAUAGCUGUCAACAUGGACAAAAAUAAUUAUGUAGCCUUUUAUAACAGAGCAUUAUGUUACACCAAGAUAAAGGAAUUUCAGAUGGCAUUAAUAGAUUAUGGGAUUGUGCUGCUUCUUGAUGCUGGAAAAACUGUCACAUUAAAUACCUUCAUUAACCGUGGACUUAUCUAUAGAGAACUAGAGCAGUACGCCUUUGCAUUAGAGGAUUUUAAACAAGCUGCAGUGCUAAGCCAGACCGAUGUGAACCUUUGCCAUGCUACCGCCAUGUGCCACCACAGAAUUAAAGAGUUUGAGGAAGCUGUUGAUUUUUUUACCUGGGCUCUUAAAAUUAACUCACAUUUUCUGGAUGCUUAUGUUGGACGGGGAAAUUCUUACAUGGAAUAUGGUCAUGAUGAAGCCACCAAGCAAGCACAGAAAGACUUCCUGAAAGCGUUGCAUUUGGAUCCAACGUACACAAAAGCCAGAAUUAGUUUAGGCUAUAAUUUGCAGACCCAAGGAAAAUUUCAGAAAGCUUGGAAUCACUUUACUAUUGCCAUGGAAGUUGAUCCAAAGAGCUACCUUGCCCAUGAAGGAAGAGCUGUGGUCUGUCUUCAGAUGGGUAAUAAUUUUGCUGCGAUGCAGGAUAUUAAUGAGGCCAUAAAGAUCAAUGCUACAGCAGAAUUCUUAACAAACCGUGGUGUGAUUCAUGAGUUCAUGGGUCAAAAGCAGAAUGCAAUGAAAGACUAUCAAGCAGCAAUAUCGCUAAACCCCAAGUACUCGCUGGCUUAUUUUAAUGCAGGAAAUAUCUACUUUCACCACAGGCAGUUUUCCCAGGCCAGUGACUUUUUCUCAAAGGCUUUAAUGUUUGAUCCAGAAAAUGAAUUUGCUCUCAUGAAUCGUGCUAUUGCAAAUACAAUAUUAAAGAAAUAUGAAGAGGCAAAAGAAGAUUUUGCAUGUGUAAUUAAAAGCUGUCCUUCUUGGGCUGCAGUUUAUUUUAACAGAGCACAUUUCUACUGCUGUUUAAAGCAAUAUGAACUGGCUGAGGAAGACCUCAGUAAAGCUCUGUCUCUGAAGCCUGAUGAUGCUGUAGCAUAUAAUCUUAGAGCAGAAGUUCGUGGUAAAAUAGGUUUGAUUGAGGAAGCUAUUGCUGACUAUAACCAAGCCCUUGGUCUUGAAGACUAUACUUCGCUUAUGUGAUUACACAGACUGUAUCUUCUAAAGUAGUUUACACAGCUUGUUCCUCCUGAAACUGAAAAUAUAUUUGUUGUUUAGAAGGUAGCAGUAUCUUCAUUAUUGAUUCAUUAUGCUUAGUCUUCUAAAAACCUUUUAAUACAUUUUAACAACAUAUUUGUUAUAUAGCAGUUGUAAAACUUUUCAAUCAUUUUCUGCAUAUUUGAAAUCCCACAAUAAUUACAUUUCUUCAAAGGAUGCAGAAUUUAAACGGGUAUGUUUCUUAAGGAAUACUAACAUUUAAAACACUUUAUUUAAAAUAAAAUGAUUUCCUUUGAAAUAAUACUGUAUGAGUGUAGAAAAAGUGUCAUCAACCUUUUCACCCGUCCCUACUCAUAACAUCUAGAUUAAAAUGAGCAUCAACAGCAUCCUGAUUAAAAAUAAAGACCUGCUAACUAUAAAAAAAUGAAGUCAAGUACAUUUUCUCUCUCCCCCUUGAAAUAAUGCAUAUCCCUGCCUAUAUGCUUCCC